GCGAGAACAGAAUGAAGCGAGAGAAAUUCUCUCACUAAACAGCGAGAACAGAGCAGAAACGAAAAGUGCAAUAGAAGAAAAUGUGCAAUAUGCAGGCCUAAAUUCGUAUGAGAAAAACCAAUUUCAAUUAAUUAAAGAAACAGUUUAAAAAGGUGCACAAUACGCACAAGCGUGCGUACACACAAGAUAUAUAUCCAGCAAGACAAACGCAUAGGUCGCGUGCCUUCUCACGCAACAGCAACAAAUUAAUAAAAGAAACAACAACAUCAGCAGCAGCAGCAGCGCAAUGAAAAAACGUAACUCGCGCUGCAAUUCGGACACACAACAGAUGGAUGCCAUCAGCGCUGGCGAUGGCGCCAGCAGCGAUCUGAGCCUGUUGCAGCGACCCCUGCACACGGCACACACGGGCUUCGAGGAGGCCCGUCGCGCCUACGAGAACGGCACCAGUGAGGUGCGCCAUUUGCUAAUGGAGGAGUGCAGCCUGAUCUAUGAGUGCAACGUGUGCCGCAAUAUGUUUCGCAGUUUUGCCAAUUUCAUCAGUCACAAGCGCGUCUUCUGCUGCAUCAGUGCACGCACCACGGGCCACAAUGCCGGAUACACAGAUCAGAAUUCCACGAUGAUAAUACAGGCUGCAGGCGCACAGAACAUGGAACACAUGCUGCGCAGUCGCAGCACAGGAUGUUCGCCAGUGCCGCGCGAGGGUCGUCCAAUGCGUGGCAGCAUGCGCGAUUUGAGUGGCGUCAUUGAACGAUUGCGUCGCAAGAAGACGCCGGCAGUUGUUGUGAAACCGAUCUCACCCGUUCUGCAGCUGGAAUCGGUGCCGACAUCCAGUCAGGCAAUGUAUCAGACGAUCAAAAUCGAGCACGAUGACAGCAUCAAAACGGAGGUGAACGAGGUGCAUCACAUGCUCAACUCCACGCAGACGAUCCUUGGGCCCGAUGGCAAAGCAGUCACCACGCAUCAGUACGAGCGGCCCAGCGGUGGCAGCGAUUCCGCUGAGACCCCAGAGCAAUCCAUCUGCGACGAAACGGAAACGAGCAUCUUCUGUGAAAUAUGCAAUUUGACGUUCCAGACACAGAAAACGUUGGAGCUGCACAUACAGAAGAAUCAUUCGUCGUCAGCAUUUGUGUUUCAGUGUCCCGCUUGUUCGCUCACCUUUCUGCAGGCAGCAGCCGUCAUACGUCAUCUAUCCAAGGAUCACAAGAAACCAACGCGUCGCAUUCGAAUGAUGCGCAACACAAUUUUGAAGCGUCGCAUGCAACAGGGCGAUGUUCAGCCUAAGGGACCAAGCCGCGAGCUGAAACGUCUGCAGCUGUCGGACGAUGUUGUCGGUCAGGCGACAGAGCGCACUGAUGCAAAUGGGGAGCAGCGCAAGAUCAUGUCGCUGUGCAUCUACUGCGAGAAGUCGUUUGAGCGCAGAGCUGCACUCUCCACGCAUCUGCUCAAUUGUCGCGCCAAGCAAGAGGCGUUGGCCAAGCCAGCACCUGCCGUCAAGAAGCUAAGGGCCAACUUAAAUGGCAAUAUGGAGAUACCCGAUAAGGAUCACAAUCCCGUUGGAGCGGAUAUGCAGAGCAUUGACUCCGCCGCAUUGAAUGAAAUGUUUGCCGAUCUGGCCGAGCAAAGUGAGAGCUAUGCAAGUGGAUUGCAGACCGUGUCGCUGGACAAGCUGCAGCUGCAGCACGAAAGCGACUCGGCCAGCGACGAGGCGUCCAACAGCGAGGAGGAACACGAUGAGCCGGAGGAGGAGCGCGAACUGGAUGAGCCGCCGACCCACAUUGAGCAUGAGAUUGACGAGACCAAAACGAAGAUAAAGAAGAAGCGCAAUGUGCCCAUUGAGAAGCAGUUGCGCUGCCGCUGCAAGAUCUGCAAUAAACAGUUCAAUGCUCUCGGCAAUCUCCGUCGUCACAUUUCCAUGUUCCAUUAUCGCGCCCGCCGCUUCGGCUGCACCAUCUGCGACUAUCGCGCCUUUCGCCGCUAUGAUAUUGUCAACCACUUGGGCUUUACGCACAAAAUCGAAGGCGAUCGCGAUAGACUGACCGAGCAGUAUGUAUCCACGCAUGAGUGCGAGUACUCGCGCGACGAUGUCGACGGCGACAUUGUGCUCUUAGAUAAGCAGCAGCCCACCGAAAUGGAGGCGACUGCUGCCGAGCCCAAGCCUGCACUCAAAACCUUUGAGAAGCGCUUGAAACGCAUUAAAACGAUUAGUGAACCGCAACCUGAGACGGCACCCAGUUCGCCGAUUGCCCUUGCCAUCAAGGAGGAGCCAGAUGAGGAGCUGUAUCAGUCGGUGCCUAGCAACAAGAAGCGUCGCAAGUCGCGCACACAAAUUUCACCGGAGUCGGGCGAGCGUCCGGGCGCCGAGAAGCGACCCAUACGUAAACGCGUUAAGGCCGUCAACAAGGAUUUUGUGUACGAUCUGGUUAGUUUCAAGGCGGAUCCAACUGGUGCCACAUCCUCCACGCCGGUCGCUGUCGACUCCAUGCGCGCCAAACUGCGUCGCCAGCCUGGCAACGUUUCGUUGUCUGAGGAGAGCAAACCCAAACAAUGGGAUGCUUAUAUAACCGAGGACAAAAAGGCCCUGGUGCAGGGCAUCACGCGUCGCAUCAUGCUGAAGCUGGUGAGUGAGGGACGCGCCGUUUCUGCCACAUUGCCGGAGUUGCCUGCGGAACGUCCGCAAAUACGACCGCGUCUCAUUUCCUACACACGCAGCGAUUGCAGCCAGCAGAAUGUGGUGAACACCACCGUCACCACCAGCCUCAGCAAUGUGGGCGAGAGUUUUAUUGAGAAAAUUGCCAAGCGCACGGCGGCGGCCGGCAAGGAUGCGACCAUCAGCAAUCUGUGGCACAAAGUGAACAGCGCCAUUGCACAACAACAUCAGAAGCCGGAAGCAGCCGAGUUUGCCAAACCCGAUGCUGCUGAUGGUUAUCCGCCAGUCGAGAUGGAUGCGUUGGAGAAGACGCCCAACGGCAGCCACAGUCUAGGUACAAAACUUCAAUUAACGCCGCCAUCGCCGCCACGAAAGGGCAACGGUAACGGUAACAGCAACUGCAAAAGCUCGACCAAUGCGUUAAAUACAUCCGCCAAUUUAGAGGUGGUAACGCCUUCGUCUCCCUUGCCAGCGGCCACAGUUGUGGAGUGCCUCAGCAGCAUGGAGCCACCAAUGACAGCGGGUACGUCCGCACUAUUUCCGGCGCUGCCCAAGCCGCCAUCCGUUCUGCAGGCAUCUGCGAAUGGAACAAUCCAAUUCACGCUGGACAGCCUGCUGCGUGCCGCUCUGCAGAAUUAAACGGGUUUCUUAGCCGUUUGUUAGCGGUUAGCUGUAAGCUGUUAGCUGUUAAAUUGGCCUCUUCUCAUUUAAUGUAUAAUGUAUCAUAUAAUGUUUUGCACUCGUGUCCUUAUUGAAUACUAUUACAAUUCUCUUGCGUUUAUUA